CAGACGCCGGCGUGGCUGGUUGCGUGUGCGGUUAGCGUGCAGGGGCGCGUCGGGGAAGCGUGCGGAGUCGCGUGGCGUGGCGUGGCGUGACGUAAGCUGUGACCACCGCGACUGCAGGCGUCGCGUCUUCUGCCGCCCACCUCACGGACUCAGCCCGACCGCCUCACUCGGCGCAGUGCACGGGUGCGGCCAGCCGAGCGACGUCGCUACCGCGGCUGCGGCGAGCAUCGGCCAGCGCGCCCGGGCUCUGCCUGCCACACGCCCGCCGACACGAGGAAGCCUCCGCCGUGACGGGGUCCCGGCCGCUGCUGGCGCUGCCGCAUGCGUCGCCCGCUCUGGCCGAGUCUGAUGGCCGCGGCCGGGCGCAGCAGGCAGCGGCAGCUGGCCGCCUCGGCAGACAUCCGGCUCCCCCUCUGAGAGACAUGCACGCCACCGACAAUGGCACAGAGCCCGGGGCGCUGGAGCAGCAACAGCAGCAGCAGCAGCAGGCGGCGGCCGGGGGCGGAACGGGGGCGGCGGGCGCAGUGGCCGGCGUGGCAGUUGGCGUGGGGACGGCUGGCCGGCCGGUGGCGGCGGCGGGUGCGGCGGGGGCGGCGGGGGCGGCGGUGGCCAGCGCGGGGGCCGGCGCGCCGCCCAGGGAGUGCGCCGGCUGCGGAAAGCGCAUCACCGAGCGCUACCUGCUCAAGGCGCUGGACCUUUUCUGGCACGAGGACUGCCUCAAGUGCGGUUGCUGCGACUGCAGGCUGGGAGAAGUGGGCUCCACGCUCUACACCAAGGCCAACCUCAUCCUCUGCAAGAGGGACUACCUGAGGCUCUUUGGCACGACGGGUUCGUGCGCUGCCUGCAACAAGGUGAUUCCAGCCUUUGAGAUGGUGAUGCGUGCCCGCAGCAAUGUCUACCACCUGGAGUGCUUUGCCUGCCAGCAGUGCAACCACAGGUUUUGUGUUGGAGACCGUUUCUACCUGUGUGAUAACAAGAUCCUGUGUGAGUACGACUACGAGGAACGCCUCGUGUUUGCAAACAUGGUGUACAACCCCAGCAGUCUGGCGCACAUACGAAGGCAAGUCAGUAAUUUGCAGCCAGCAGGAGACAAUUUAACCAUCAACUACGAGAACCAUGUUGUACACCUCCAUCAUGCACAACCAACAGGACAGCCACACUCGUACAGUGAUAAAGUGUCCAUCCCCAAUACCAACCAACAUGGUCGUGAUGAUGGCUCUAGUGGUUAUGGCAGCCCAGACUCUGAAACAUUUGACACCCAGUGCAACUGAUUUGGACCUAUUUGUUCAGCUACAUCAAGGUAGUAGCAGUCUAUGUGACUCAUUGUAAACAAACACUGAAAGACUGCUUAUUUAAUUUUUUGAAGGAAAAAGCAGAAUAUGGAAGUGAAUGCCCAAAGUGCAGUGAAAUGCCAUAUAAGUAACAGUUUAUAACAGAGGAAUGACUUUUGUAUACUGUGGACUCAAACUGUUGCAACCAGUGAGUGACAAAGUGUGUGAUAUUAUCAGAUGUGAAAUGUAUUUAGCUUUUCUUAGAAUUACAAAAUUUACCAAUAUAUAAACUCGAGAAGAAUCUGAAAAGAUUUCAAGCCUCACCUUGUUAUACUCAAACAUUUUCCUGUAAAAUAAGUUAUUAGAAAGAAAUCAUUUGCAAAAUAUAAUUGUAAAUGACAAAAAUGCAAUAUACAUCAGAAACUGUAAUACACAAAGCUAAAGAGACUGUAAAGAUAUUUUUACACAUAGUUUGUGAAUCUGUGCUAGUCGAUUCGCCAAAUAUGAAACUUUGUUUCACGUAUCCUUAUUAAUGAAGUAUACGAAAUUAAGAAAGAAUAUAAUGGAGAUCAGUAUCCUCAUGUAUACCAUGUAGUGGCCAGUGACAAAAUAAUGAAAAAUUUACUCAGACAUGUACAGUAUAAUUCAGAGACAUAAUAAAAUAUUUCAAUCAACUGUGUAAUUAAAUACAAUGUGCUCAAGGAAUCUGUGCAAAAUUUGGAAGUAUUGUCACUCUGUACUUUUUAAAUGUCAAUGUUCCAGUAGGAGAAAGCUCAAACAAGUGAACUACAGUGAUAUUAUAUUACACAUAAUGAAAUAUAAGGCCAUGACUUCACUAUUGCCCUAAUUAUGCUCCAACAUGGCAUGUUUAGUCCAAGAGACUCCAAUGACUGGGCAAGAAUCUUUUGUUAUUGUUAAAAAUCUGGGGAAAAUUAUAAAACUUUUCAGUUGUGAGUGAAGGUUGACAGGAAUAUGAAUGGUUUAGUACAUGAAGAAAUAAUUGUGGAAACUCAAUAAAAUAUUUUCUUCAGGCUUUUCUCAUUUUGUUUACUUGCGUUAAUAUGGAGUAGAAAAGCUGUCAGACGAUGUUUGCAAAUAGGAAGCUAAGAUGAAGUCUUUGCAUUCAAUGAAUUUUAUCAGAGUCUUGAACUAAAACAAGUGUAAAUGUAAUAAACAGGCAUCUUGUAACAUUCAUUAAGAGUAUGGAAAAUACAAUGGUAACAAUAAUCAAUAACAAGUCCCAGAAUGAUAAGGGACUUUUCUAUAAGAACUACAGCAGCAGUAAAAAUGGAAUCGCAGGGAAAACUGAUUCACCGUAGGUUCAAAACAAAAGUUCACAAAUAAUACAAUUGCCAGCAAAGCCAGUCUAAAAUACCUAUUGAAAAUUUAACACUAUGGCUUUCUGAUUGUCAAAACAGAGACUAUAAUAUGAUCUUUGUCCUAUAAAAUUUUGUUUUUAGAAGGUUCCCAUAACCUUGUCCCCUCCCUCAGCUAUCCCCACUCCUCCACACUGACUCAAGGCUUAAUGAACAAGUAAGUAAUAUAAAAAGGAAGGUAGAGUUUAGAAUCUUGAAAUAAAAUUGCAAUUAUAGCACCAGACAAAUAACAAACUAAUUCCGAAUAGUUCUCCUCGGAAGAGCCAUAAAGAUCACACUUUCCUGUGGAAGCGGGAUUGUUCAUGUAAAGGUGAGGUUGGAAUUUAAUCAGAAGCAGAUUUAUGGGCGCUAAGCCAGCCAUUGCAAACCUAAGAACCAUAGUAACCUACUCACAAGUAGUGUGGCAACUAAGACCCAUGCCUUCAGCGCUAACCAAUGUGUAUUUCAACAGACCAUGGUUCCUAAUUAGUAAUCACUGGUGUUGCCACUGAGCAUAAUCAGUCAAUAAUAAUGUGCAUGAUUAUAGAAAUGGGUGAAAAAUUAUGUUCUGACUAAUGGAUGCAAAUUAAUUGCUGUCUGCUUUGUGAAUGAUGGAUCUCACAUAAUAUGUUUGUUUUUCUGUAACUGUCUGUGGUUACAAACUGGAUACAAUAGGCACAUUAUUCUAAAGUGGUUUAUGCAAAAGGAUGCUUUCAGGAAUUACAUGCAUAAAUAAGUAAUGUGUGAUCCCUAUGCUUUUUCAUGAGGAUGUGGUUUUGAAUAAGUGUACCAUUCAGAACAAGUUGGAUGACAUUCAUCUUCUGGCUGCACUGUUUCUAUACACUGUGCACUAAAUUAGCACAAGGUUACAGUUUAUCACUGUCAAGCCUACUGGGCCAUGAAUAUUUACAAUAAUAGCCAUUUACUGUUUCGUAGAGGCAUCUAUAUAGCUUUAAUAUACCUUGCAACAUGGUUCUGAAUUUUUAUAUUCACUUAGGUCUGUUAUUUAUGAGCGCUGGUAGGUGACAUCAAAAGGCCAACUUGGCAAUGAAUUCCUUUUUUUGUUUUCCAGAAAUGUUUUGAUGGGAUUGGGUACAAAAUAGAGCAACCUGUCAUCUGCAAGACAAAGCACACCAAUAAACCAGCGGUUCAUCAAUAUUCUUGUUAGUAGAGUCUCUUCUGUCCACAGAGAAGAUAUGUUUGUCUGUUUUUAUUUUCAUGCAAUCUUAAAGAAUAGAUAACUCCAUUGAAUUUUACAUAUUAAGAAAAUAAUCUCAGACUUUCAUGCCUGGUUUCAGAUGGAAAGUUUCUAGUUAUGUAUGAGUGUACUAUGUCUUUCUUUUCUUCUUCAUUAAUUUGCUAGGAUAUGACCUUGCUUCGAAACAACAAAAUAAUGAUCCUAUCUGCUUAUUGUGGUGGGGUAUAAUAUAAGUGGAAAUUAAGAUAAUGAUCCAAAUCUACUUACUGUGAUGGGUAUGAAACAAGAGGAAAUUGCUUGUGAAUUGAACGUAUAAUCAUUCAGUUAUGCCUCUUCAACAAAUGUAACAGAAUUCAUAUGAUUAUGGUCUAACUUCUACUGUCAAGUUACAGUUUCAAGGGCGCAUAGCCUUUACGAUAGUUAAUUUUCUUUGGAACUACAAUGAAUCACAUUUUUUCUCUCAUUAACAUGUGGAAUAUAGUGACACUCACUUGCUAGUCCAUCGAAAAGAAGAAAUGUUUCACAACUUACAUAAUUUGAUUGAAUUAUUUUCUUGUCAUGUCUUUUUUAAUGAAUUGAGGAAGAUAUCUUGCUGAUUACUAAAACAAAUAUUUGCAUGGAUGUAAAACAGUUUGUGAAAAUUAAUUUUGUUGACAACUGGAAUUUAUGUAUGCAAAAGGAGAUGCCAAAGAGCUUUAGGCCUUCUUUCAGUACUUAAACUGGAACUUACAUCAACUGGAAAAAGCAGAGUUUGAUGUGAAACUGACUACAUGUACAAAAAUUUUAUACUGUGUAAAUUUCAAAGCUGUAAGACUCCUAAUCUUGAAGUGUCAGUGUGUUGUAAACAUUGUAUUUGUUAAUAUCAAUUUUGCAUUUUAAUUGAACAUUUAUUAACCUCUCGGUCAGUUUCAGUGACUGCUGCUUUUUUUAUCCUCACUUUCUGUGAUUGUAUAGCUUAAGUCUGUUAUACUUUUCACAAAAUUUAAAUAUGUUUAUACAAUAAAGUGGAGCUAAGUGCACUUUCCUUUCUUCCAUUUAUUUUGGGAAAACACACUCUGUAAGUUUUUCUGAAAAUUAAAUGUAAAUAUGUUACCAUGAACAAAGAUGAAAUAAAUGUUGUCUUUUGUUACACAAA